AUGGACAAAGAAGAAGACCCUCGGAAUGGGGACGAUCACGUCACCGCCACCAAGAAGCCCAAGCUCAUACGCUUCAUUACAGACUCGGAGCUCCGAUCCGAAUUCUCCCACCACGAAGCGGGGGUCGCCCGGAUCAACAACGGGAGCUUCGGGUGUUGCCCCGGCUCGGUUCUCGCGGCCCAGCGAUCCUGGCAGCUCCGCUUCCUCCAACAACCGGACCACUUCUACUUCUCCACGCUCCGGCCCAACCUCCUCCGCUCACGCGCCCUCAUCCAAACCCUAAUCAACGCCCACCACAUCGACGAGGUCUCCCUCGUCGACAAUGCCACCACCGCCGCCGCCAUCGUCCUCCAGCAAAUCGGCCGCCGCUACGCCCACUACCGAAACGACACAGUCGUCAUGUUCCGCUGUGCAUUCCCGGCCGUCAAGAAAUCCAUCCAAGCGUACGUCACCCGCGCCGGAGCCUCCGUCGUCGAGGUCGACCUCCCGUUCCCGGUGAGCUCGAACUCGGAAAUCAUCGCCGAGUUUCGGAAAGGACUAUCCAGAGCAAAAUCCGACAGCCGGAAGGUCAGACUGGCCAUAAUCGAUCAUAUCACGUCGAUGCCGUCGGUUGUGAUUCCGGUUCGCGAACUCGUCCAUAUCUGCCGAGAAGAAGGAGUCGAACAGGUCUUCGUCGACGCCGCGCACGCUAUCGGAAGCGUGCCCAUCGACGUUCAGCAAAUCGGAGCGGAUUUCUACGUGAGCAACCUCUACAAAUGGUUCUUCGCGCCACCCUCUGUCGCGUUCCUCUACUGCCGAAAAUCGAACCCGUCCUCCUGCGAAACACACCACCCGGUGGUCUCUCACGAGUACGGGAACGGACUCCCCGUCGAGAGCUCGUGGAUCGGGACUCGAGACUACACUCCCCAUCUCGUCGUCCCGGCGAUCCUGGAGUUCGUGAAUCGGUUCGAGGGCGGAAGCGAGGGGAUCAUGAGAAGAAACCACGAGGAGGUGGCGAGGAUGGGGAAAAUGCUGGCGGAGGCCUGGGGGACGAGCCUGGGGUCGCCGCCGGAGAUGUGUGCGAGCAUGAUGAUGGUGGGGUUGCCGUCGAAACUGCACGUUUCGAGCGACGAUGAUGCCACGAGACUGAGGUCCCAUUUGAGGGACAAGUACGGCGUUGAGGUACCCAUAUACCAUCGUGCUCCCAAGAAUGGGGAGAGUGAGAGCGAGCCAAGGGAUGAGCAUGGGUUGAUUACGGGUUAUGCAAGGAUUUCACAUCAGGUUUAUAACAGAAUUGAGGAUUAUUAUAAGUUUAGGGAUGCCAUUAAUCGGAUUAUUUUGGAGGAGACAAAUUUGAUGGAAUGAGAAAAGCAGAUAUGGUAGCAGUAGCAGCCUUCCAUGGAAUAACAUCCGUGUUUAACAAGUCUGCUGAUUCCUGAGGCUUCACUCAGUUUCUAAACUACAGAUUUUUGGUAGUGGUAGACACCAAGCCAAAGCUUGUGGAGAUUGUUGACAUAUGCUUAUUGGAACUGAAAAAGGGGUUUCUUAAGAACUUGUCAGCAUUCUCUUGCCAAUUCAGCCGGAGUCAACCGAAUUUAAUUUUAUUUCUUCAUGAUUCAUCAGUAAACUCUAGUUGCUGACU